GCUGUACUAGAAACGUUACGUAAAUGAGCUCAUCAAGCUCAGCCACAGGUUGCUCACCAGUGAUCCUGUUUUAUUUCGCAAGGGGCGGAGUUCCUACACACAAUGUGCUUUACCCUCCAGACGUGCGAGAAGAAACGUGAUUCAAUGGUAUUAAACCGUUAGUUCGGCAGAGAGACCGGGCAAGACCCGCGGUGUACAAGCAUCCUCAAGGGUAAACAGCAAAGAGGAUCAUGGGGGGAGUGGUCGUGGACGACGGCCCCAGUGGGGUGAAGGCUCCGGAUGGGGGUUGGGGUUGGGCGGUCCUAUUUGGCUGCUUCGUCAUCACCGGAUUCUCCUACGCCUUUCCCAAAGCUGUGAGUGUGUUCUUCAAGGAGCUGAUCCGUGAGUUUGGCAUUGGCUACAGUGACACAGCGUGGAUCUCCUCCAUCUUGCUGGCCAUGCUAUAUGGAACCGGUCCCCUAUGCAGUAUUCUGGUGAACCGCUUUGGCUGUCGCCCAGUGAUGUUGGUGGGGGGUCUGUUCGCAUCCUUAGGAAUGGUCCUGGCAUCUCUUGCUACAAGCAUCAUGCAUAUUUACCUGUGCACGGGGGUCAUCACAGGUUUGGGCCUGGCUCUGAACUUUCAGCCGUCCCUCAUCAUGCUGAACCGGUACUUCAGUGAGAAGCGCCCUCUUGCUAACGGGCUAGCGGCCGCAGGAAGCCCGGUUGCCCUCUGUUGUCUGUCUCCGCUGGGCCAGAUAUUACAGUACAGUUAUGGCUGGCGUGGAGGUUUCCUCAUCUUAGGUGGCAUUCUGCUGAACUGCUGCGUAUGCGGAGCCCUCAUGAGGCCCCUGGAGGGCCCGAAGAAGCCAAAAGGCGGCGAGAGUCAGGAAGCCGCGGCGGCGGAGAAGAAGCCCAAGGCGAAGCUGCUGGAUUUCACUGUGUUCAGAGACAGAGGCUUUCUCAUUUACACGGUGGCUGCCUCCAUCAUGGUGCUGGGCCUGUUCGUGCCACCAGUCUUUGUGGUGAGCUACGCGAAGGAGCUGGGUAAUGAGGACACCAAGUCAGCCUUGCUCUUGACCAUUUUGGGUUUCAUUGAUAUCUUUGCUCGGCCCACCUGUGGCGUCAUCGCUGGCCUCAAAUGGGUACGGCCACGGUGUGUCUACCUGUUUAGCUUUGCUUUGAUCUUCAAUGGUACCACAGACCUGAUUGGCUCCAUGUCCAUGGACUAUGCCGCGUUGGUCGUCUUCUGUAUCUUCUUUGGCAUCUCCUACGGCAUGGUGGGUGCACUCCAGUUUGAGGUGCUGAUGGCCAUUGUGGGCACUGAGAAGUUCUCCAGCGCCAUCGGCUUGGUCUUGCUGAUGGAAGCCAUUGCUGUGUUGGUGGGACCGCCCUCUGCAGGCCGGUUGCUUGAUCACACCCAUAACUAUAUGUUCGUGUUCUUGCUGGCUGGCACUGAGGUGGUCCUGUCUGCCAUAGUGCUCGCCACGUGCAACUUCUUUUGCAUCAAGAAGAGCCCACAGAUUUCAGAAGCAAAGCUGGAGAUGGCCGCGGCCGAGACGGAGAUGGAGCAGCUCAACAAACCGGCGGAGGAUGAGCAGCAGCGAAGCAAAGAGGCAGAGAAAGACAAACAGGAGGAGAAUGACAGAGAAAAGGAGAAGGAGCUGGAAGACAAGCACCCCAGCAGCCCCCAGGCGCAGUCUGAAGCGGAGGAAACCUCUAAGGACAGCGAGGAGCGGAACGGACGUCUCGUCGCCAACGCAGAAACCUAUCUGUGAGAAGCAAGAACAGCGAAAAGGAGGUGAAAGCGAGCUGAAAUUUCACAACCUGCUGACGGAACGAUGAGAAAACCAUAUACGUGUUACAUCAAAGGGGACUCUACCGUCUCCUUUGCUAAUAAUUAUUGUUACAUAGUGCUUUGUGUGUUGUAAUAGAGGGUUCUGACAGAAUGCCUAGCAGAGACACGGGCUGAUGAUGAAUUAAAGAAGCAUCCCAAAAUGGAACAAACUAUUACUGCCUCUCACAUAAAAGGAGGCGAGAUUUCUCUCUGUCGGGGCACUCCAGCCUCUUCCCUCACUGCUAAGAUGCUUCCAAAGCAUUGUUAGAAGUUCCAGAGAUUUCCACUUUUCCUUCAAUGGGAUCCUGAAAAUCUUGAAUUCACCUUGUACGCUGAGUCUGAAUCUGACUGUUUCAGCUUCCUUUAACCCUUCAUCUGGAGUGAACGCAAACUCUAUGCUGCAUGGACCUUGUCAGUAUGUUCGUCAGGACCCCCACUGGUGUGACCGUGGCCAAGAAUGCAAGAUCAAGACACCUGUUUUAAAUCCUGAAGCCCCUUGAUGAAUUGAUUUUUGUCAUUUAUCGUACCAACAACACAACACUGGUCAUCCACGGUACAGAAUCACUGUUUUCAGUAAUAAUAAAGUAUGUCAAUAUUUACACUUAAUGGAGCUAGAAAGUUUAAGGUACUAUAUAUGAAAACCAAAAUGCUGAAUAUUGCACACGCAAGCAACUUUGUGCUUUAUGGCUGUAGCGAAUAAGAACAUCUAGUGUAAAGGUUAUACGCAGUGCACAGAAUCACCUGAUACCUACAUUCUGUCGUGAUAUUGUGAGCAUAGUUCAUAAAUGUGAGCAUAAGGAUGCAUUUUUUCCUGACAUAAAUGCAAGAAAAGAAGAUUCGCAGGCUCUUAGAUUAUUGACUAUUUAAAAAUCCAAAGGUUGACAAAGACAAAGCUUUUGCUGAACCUCGAUAAGGCAGUACAGUAAAAGGUUUAAGUGCAGUCAGAGGCAGACAUGAGAUGCUUGUUACUCGCCUGCAUUGUUUGCUUUUUUUUUUUAAAAAAAAUGUAUUUUUAAAUGAACCUUUAAGUUAUUUCCAUGAUGCAUGUCAUUUAGGAUUUUAAGUAUGUUUCUGGUUUGCCGAAAAAAUGGUUAACAUGGGCAUUAGUACAUGGGACACACUGUUUGGUUUUCACUGUCUGUAGGAACUGAGAAACAGUACUGAGUUUUUUGUUUUUAUUUUGUUCCUACAUCUACAUACAUUUCCCCUCAUAUCCUUUAUGCAAAAGAGGGCUUGAAAAUGUUGGUAUUGAGUUCACAGACAAACUACUGCCUCAGUUUGACAGUUUUAUUUCGAGAUCCACAGCUAGCUAGUGAUUAAUUCUAGGCUAUUAAAACAAUAGACUGGUUGAUCUUCAGCCUCCUGUUUAGUGGGCUUGAGCUGGACCACUUAUAGGAACCCGGUCAGAAGUCCGGCAACAAGACCAACAGGCUUGUUUAAAGUGCACAUUAGCUCAUCCUGUUUCUUGGACCAAUUCUUGGACGCCUUGCCUGCUGGUUAUUGCUGAGUGUGACAUCACUGCUUGGAGGGCGCUCUGGGAGAGGAAGAUGGGUCUUUGUUGGGGAAAGCCUUAAAGAAAAACCUAGAGGGCGAGGCUGGCUUGUAAUAUUUUUUUCGUAAAAACAACAAAAGCCCAGUUAUCCACUGUGUCCCAUUGGUAACUGAAGACCAUUAAAGAGUCUAAAUGAAUUUUUGAGCUUUCCUUCUUUUCGGAUGUAAAUGUCUGUGCACAGGCCUUUCAUGCGCAGGAUUGCUGAAAUUAUUUUACGGAAAUUGCAUACGUGUGAAGUUUUGGCCCGGUCUCCUGUUGAAUGUAACGCAACAGCAAUUCGCAAUCUGCACAGGACCCCGUCUCCUCGCACGGGUGCGGCCUCCAUCCCGCAGUGACCCUGCAUUCAUGUGUCCGUUUGCGCACCUUUGUAUGGAUGUUUAUAGUGUUUCACCCGUAGGACUGUGCUGCACCAUCACAUGUAGAGCUGUGCCGCUCUCGGAGUUUUGUGCUCAGAGGGGAGGGGAGUCUAACCGCAGGAAGCAAACGAUCUUAGGGACUAAAAGAGAACUUAAACAACACUUGCAUUUCACAAGUUCAAACAGACUCUGCUGUUUUGCCUCCACCCAGGCUUAGAGCAGAAUGAUAAGGAUAAUUGCCACAUGGUUACAAGAAAUGCUACCAAGGCGGACACAAGUAGGUGCUUGUGGUAAAUAGUAAAUUGUUGAGCAACUAACCAGAUUUAUUUCAGUGGGAACUGUGUUGCUGUUACUUUCUCUGUCCGUAUUGCUGCAGACUGUCCUCAGUAUUUAGAUUCCCCCCCCCCCCCAGAUCUCCACAUACUUCAAGCUGAGUAUUGUGAAAUGCACCUUUGCGUCUCCAUGUAUUUUAUUAUAUUUAAACCAGGCAAAUGAUGUAUCAAGUGUUCUCAGAUGACCAGGCUCUUCCUCUCUGGUUAUUUGUUCUAUGAAGGUACUUUAUAUUUCACUGGGAGAAGAGAUAUAUUUUUUUUUACGUGCCUUUACCUGUUGCUGACUUAGUCAAUAAAUAUUUAUUCUGUGGGA